AUGGCGACUGCCAUUGUUCCAAGCCCUCUUUCGGCAACUGUCGAGACGCCGGCCUUUGAUAAAGUUCCCAAAAUUGACGUCAAACCCGUGGUGGAAGAUCCAUUACUUGCGAGCCGGCCCAAGUUUGAGCUGAUCCCGCAAGUUUCCGUCAAGUCCAUUCCAGAGGAAAGCAAGUCAGAAGCUUCCGAUGAUGCUGUCAACUCCCUGAUUUGCUCCCAUGCCCCGGUCCGUUCUACCUACCAUAGGGAGGCUGUCUCCUUCCGUUCGGACAUCCAGGUGCACCUCAGAUCGGUGCAAAAGACCAGCGAUGAUAUGCUCUUUAGAAUUCGGGAGAUUGUCGAAAGCCUUGACAAAGCCACUCAUGAGAAACUCCUCCACAAAGAGCAGUACGACAGUUUGUGCCAGAGAUAUCAGGACGUCACUACUCGUCUUGAGAACUCCACUCAAGAAUGCGUCACAUUGAGGACCAGAUUGUACGAGAUGUCCAAAGCCCGCGAUCGUGCCGAGAUCGAGCUUGAAGCCCUGAGCGGUCGUCUCCUCGAGAAAGAACACGAAUGCAUCGAACUCAAAGAAGAGACCAGCGUCCUGCACAAGCAGAUUGUCUCCAUGGAAGCAACAUUGGUGGAUAUCACUUCCAGACUUGUUGAGGCUGAGGCGACCGCAAGGAUCCGCCUGGAGGAGUACAAUGCGGCCGUCCACGAGCUGGAGAUCCUCAAGGCGUCCAUGACUGUCCUCUUCAAAGAAAAGGAAACCUUAGCCACGGAGCUGGCACUCUCACGCAUGAAGUUCAAAGACGUCUCCUCGAAGCUUGAAGUUAUCAAGCAGAAAUUUAUCAGCAUCGAACACAAGUGUAGCUCGCUGGACACGGAGCUCAAGUCAGUCAGGGAAGAGCUUAUCAAGGCCAAAGAGGCAAGGGACAAGGCACUUGCAGAGCGCAAAGAAGCUAUUCACGAACGUGAUGUGGCCAUGCAACGUAUGGACGAAGCGAUCGAGGACCGGAACGGUGCGAUCCGAGCGCGUGACGGUGCCAUCUUCGACUACCAGAGUGCGAAGACUGACCUGGUGCGGGACCAAGCCUUGCUCAAGGACUGCCAACUGAACUUGGAGACUCUGCAAUCUCGGUUCGAAAUUGUGAUCAAAGAGCGCGAUUAUGCCAUGAACAACCAAUCCAGUCUGGAGCAUUUCCGCGAUGAGCUGGUUGAGCAAUUCAAGGAAGCUGACGCUCGUGCUCAUCACUUCAAGAUCGAGUUCGAGAAGGCUGUCGAGGUUAAGCAGCAUGCCGAAGAAGAGCUUCGAAAGACCUUGAAGAAGAUGGAGGACCUCCGGCACGACACUGAUGUCCUCGUCAUUGAGCGAGAGCAGCUCUACGUUCAGCUGAAGGAGUCAGAGGCACGACGGAACGAGGCAAUUGCAAAGGAAUCCAAGGCAUUUGAAGAGCUCCUUAAGGCUACACAAGAGUGCGCACGGAUGACGAAGAAAUACGAGGACAUGGAAGAUGAAUUCCAGAAAGCCGAUAAGGAGCGCGCCAUUCUCGACGAGAAACUCAGGACCCUCGAGGCCGAGCUCAAAGCCUCCAAAGUGAAGGAGGCAUUGAUGGCCGACCAGUUGGAGCACGCCAAAGCAGACGAGAUCAAAGCACUCCGGGAGCGGAACGAGAUGGCUGAGAAACUCUCAGUUUCCGAAGAGCUCAACAAGAGUCUCAAGCAGCAAAAGGACGACAUGGAGAGCAAGCUCGAAGCUAAAAUCAAGGAGCUGGAAGGCAAGUUGGCGCAGAGCGGAGCCGCGAAUACCACUCUCACAGACAAGGUCGAUAGCCUUGAGAAGGCCUUUAGCAAAGCUGAAGGCGAGAGAGACAACAAGAUCAGAGAGCUGGAAGACACGAAGCAACAGGCUGCCGACCAGAAAACCAAACUUGACAAGGAGAUUGUUGAUCUCAAAAAUGAAGUCGCCGAAGCCCAGAAGAAGGAGUGGGAGACCGACAAACUGCUGCAAGAGAAGGCCGGCGAGCUUGAGAAGGAGAAGGGGGUCAUGAAGAACUAUGCUGGCAACGGCGAAGUGCGAGGCAACAUCUGGGUAAGGAACAUCAAUUAUGGUACGAUGCGUCUGCCAGACAGCCACAAGGCGUAUAAGAUGGCCCUUGACCGCUUCUACAAUGCGAAGGCUACUCCCCUCAAGGCGGACAACAAGGUCCUCGGCUGCGAUCCCAACUUUGGUGUCCAGAAGACCCUUAUUGUACGCUGGGCUCAGAAGGAUAAAGAAAGCAAGUGGGAGGACAAAAGAGCUCUCUUUGCGUGGGAGCGAGGUCCGAACGGCGAUGAGAUUGACUUUCCCCUCGUCGGAAAGGCCUAA